UUCGAAGCGUGUGCGGCUUAUGUUUACGAUUUUAUUUCGUGUUCGAUUUUGUAUAAUUUAUAAUUUGGCAAAGAAAAGCAUAAUUGGUUGUAAAAAAUAUAUAAUAAGAUACCUUUUACAUAUAGUACAUAUUUUCAUAAUGAGUGAAGAUAAGGCAAAGUUAAAGGCUCUCGUCGCCGAGCGGGGAUAUAUCAAGGGGACUUUGUCACGGCUAAACAACUUUUGCCACGAUGCUGAUGCAAUGGCGGCUACCUCGCGUGAGGCCUUACGUGAAAAACGUCUUCGCAUGUCGGAGGCUUUUCAAGAAUAUAUGCAGUUAAACAAGGCGAUUUUAGUGCUGGCCGACGAGGACGCUGAAAAUUACGGCGAAUAUGAGGACAAAUAUUACGAGUCUGUUGGGCUGCUGGAUAAGGCCUGCUCGGGUCCGCAAACCGAGGCCAAACCGAAUGGCGGUGAGAAUUCUAACCCAGGUACGUUUAAAAACCUUCCAAAGAUUAAUUUACCCAAUUUUAAUGGGGAGAAAGUGGUAGAAUAUUAUCCUUUCAUUAACAUGUUUCGUUCUGUGAUUCACACAGACAAAAAAUUAAGUUCAUGCGAAAAACUUUAUUACUUACGCUCUUAUUUGAGUGGGGAAGCAUUAGAGCUUAUAAGAAAUUUACCUUUAACCGACGAUAAUUACGUCACAGCUGUCAAACUCUUAGAAAAGAGGUAUGACAAUACCCCUAAAAUUAUUAAUUAUCAUGUGGACAGCUUACUGGAUUUGCCUGCUUUUACUAAAUGCACUGCACACAACCUGCGUUCCCUCAUUAGCACUGUUAAUGUGAACAUGGAAGCCUUAAAAAACUUAAAACAGCCAGUGGAACAUUGGGAUAUACUUCUCAUUAACAUACUAGCUAAAAAGAUUGACAUCUAUACUUACCGGGGUUUCCACCUUGAGAGAAAUGCUAGAGAAGUUCCCACACUAUCUGAAUUUCUUGAUUAUUUAGAGAAGCGUGCAUUGGCACUGGAAAACACCUCGGAGGAGAAGCAGCCAUCAUUUACUGCUAAGUCUACGCGAGCUCCUAAAGUCAGCGGGGUAGCGGCAGCAGAGAAGCCUCAGCCAGCAUGUCUUGCAGCGUGAAUCGCUGCCCCUCACGCCGUCUGGGCCGUUUUUAAUUAACACCUGCUUCGGAUAUGUUGUCGCCGGGACUCUACCAGUUUCAUCUGGCAAGAUUUAUUCUUCUAAUCACUGUAUUAAUAUUAAAGUAAGUGAACCCGUGCAUACAUACCUAUCAGGGCAGGCAGCAAAAACAAAUUUAAUAUCUGACUUGUCUGAACCUCGAAAUGAUAAUUCAUUAUUAAGACAAUGUGAGCAAGAUGCUUUAUUAUUUGAUUUAAAUAAUAAUAUUAAUAAUUUCUGGCAAUGUGAAAAGGUACCUAAUGUUUUCAAGGAGGGUUCAACAGAGUUUCAGUUAGCAGAGGAAUGCUUUAGGUCUUCUGUAAAGUUAAUUAACAAACGCUUUUCUGUGGCUUUGCCUCUUAAAUUAGAUUUGGAAAAUAUACAAUUAGGGGAUAGUUUCUCUUAUGCUCUGCAUAGAUUGUAUAAUUUAGAGAAACGUUUCGUGAAAGAUGACACAUUAUGUCAGCAAUACAAAAAAUUCAUACAAGAUUAUUUGGAUGAAAAUCAUGCCACUUAUUAUGACAUUAACAACUAUAAUUUAGAUGCAGGUAACAUAUAUUUCCUUCCACAUCACCCAGUAUUGAAUCCGAAUAGUAAAACGACUCCCGUGCGAGCCGUAUUUGACGCGAGCAUGAAAACGAAGCGCGGUUUAUGUUUAAAUGAUAUAAUGCUCAACGGAGAUGUUGUCCAAAGUGAAUUGUUUGAUAUAUUGGUGUUAUUAAGAACUUAUAGGUAUAUUUUACUAUGUGAUGUGAAAGCUAUGUACAGGCAAAUACUUGUUGAUGAACCAUUCUGUUGUUUGCAGAAUAUAUUAUGGCGGAAUUCUUGUAAUGAUCCAGUACAAUGUAUACAGUUAAAAACUGUUACAUAUGGUUUAAAAAGUUCGGCAUUUCUAGCUACUCGCUGUUUGAUGGAACUAGCUAAUAAUUUCGAAAAUGAAUAUCCAUUAGCAUCCUUUGUUUUAAAACAUUCUAGUUACAUGGAUGAUAUUCAAUGUGGUAGCCAGGAUAUUUCUGAGUUAUGUCGUAUCAAGGACGAAUUAGUUAAACUUAUGAGCGAGGCGAGUUUCUCCCUGCAUAAGUGGUUUUCAAACUGUCCAGAAAUAUUGAAAGAUAUUCCAUUAGAAUUGCAAUAUUUAGGUAAUCGUGAUUUAAAGGAAAAUGGUAAUGUAUGUAUGAAAACUCUAGGUUUAUCCUAUGAUGUGUCUACUGAUGCCUUAUCUAUGCGUUGUCCUCAAGCUGAGAUCCUUGAGAGAUACACCAAGAGACAAGUUCUCAGCUUUAUAAGCCAAUUUUUUGAUCCGUUAGGUCUGAUAGGUCCAGUGAUAGUGCAAGCUAAGCACUUCAUGCAAAAGGUGUGGUUUUUAGAUCUAAAAUGGGAUGAUUAUUUACCUGAUACCCUAAAUACGGAAUGGGUCGACUUUGCUACUGCUUUGGUAAAAAUGUCUUCUAUUGAUGUACCUAGAAAUAUUAAUGUGUUUUCCUCGCAAUCGUUGGAGUUAGUAGGUUAUACUGACGCUUCUGAUAUUGCAUACGGGUGCUGCUUGUAUAUAAGAGUUGUUGAUGACAACAAAAAUGUUAAAGUUAACCUAUUGUGUUCUAAAUCUCGUAUAAAUCCGAAAAAUAAGAAACUUACUACACCUAGGCUAGAAUUAAACGGUGCUUUAUUAUUGUCUAUGUUGGCUAAGAAAGUAUAUGACGUUUUAAGUCUAAAAUAUAAUGUAAAAACCUUUCUUUAUUCUGAUUCCCAGAUUGUACUUGCGUGGGUGGGUACUGAGCCUGAAAAAUUGGGUGUUUAUGUUCACAAUAGAGUGAAACAAAUACAAAAAUUUACUUCAAAUUUUCAGUGGCAUUAUGUAUGUACCAGUGAAAAUCCUGCGGAUUGUUUAUCUAGGGGCUUAUCACCUCAGUCACUCAAGUCCAAGUUGGGAGAAUUAUGGUUUAAUGGACCAGAAUAUUUACAUAGUUAUGAUUAUGUACAUUCAGAUGGUAAAGGUAAAAGUCAAGUAAUUACUAUUACAGAACUAAAAGUAGAAAAAGAAACAUGUAAUUUGUGUAAUAUCAAAAAUUCUAUGUAUGAUGUGUUAGAUAAAUCUUCUGACCUUGAAAAGCUAACCAGGAUUAUGUGUUAUGUAAACCGAUUUAUUUAUAAUUGCAAUGCAAAAAAUGUAAACAAGAAAAAGGGUAAUUUAUGUCCUGAAGAACUAAAUUCUGCCUUGCUUUCUAUUAUCAAACUCGACCAAGAGAAGCAUUUUAUGCAAGAGAUAAAGUCUUUAAAGUCAAAUAAUGUUUUAAAGUCCAAUUUAAAUAAUUUAAAUCCUUUCUUAGAUUCUGAAGGCUUACUAAGAGUGGGAGGGCGUUUACAAAACGCAGACCUGACUUUCAGUCAGCGUCAUCCUAUUAUCUUGCCAAAACAGUCUAAUAUUACUAGACUGCUCAUUCUAAAAGAACAUUUACGAUUGAAACAUGCUGGGCAGAAAUUAAUUCUCAAUAGUUUGAAUGAACAUUACUGGCUCCUUAAUGCUAAUAGGGAGAUAAAGUCUGUAUUACAUAAAUGUUUAAUUUGCUUUAAACUUAAAGCUAAGGCUGCUUCACAGCUCAUGGGCUCUUUGCCAUUGGAUAGGGUGCGUAUGUCUCGUCCAUUUCAAAUUGUGGGCACAGACUAUGCUGGACCCUUCUAUGUAAAACAGACUAGGGUUAGAAAUCCUUAUGUUGUCAUUUUUGUGUGUUUUACUACUAAAGCUAUCCAUAUAGAAUUAGCUUCCGAUAUGACGACUGAAACAUUUUUAGCUUGUUUGAGAAGAUUUAUUUUUAGAAGAAAUAAGCCCUCUAAGAUUUACUGUGACAAUGGAUCAUAUUUUAGGGGAGCUAAUAAUGUUUUAAAAGACUUAUAUAAUAUGCAGUCUUCCACAAAACACCAAAACGAUGUUAUAAAUUAUUGUAACAGUGAAAGGAUUCAAUUCCAUUUUAUUCCCUCUUAUUCUCCGAUAUUUGGUGGUUUGUGGGAAGCUGGCGUGAAGAGUAUUAAAUAUCACUUGAAAAGAGUAAUUUCAGAUACUGUUUUGACAUUUGAAGAAUUGUACACAGUCUUAGUACAAAUAGAAGGAAUAUUGAAUUCUCGUCCUCUUACUGCUAUGUCUAGAGAUCAAAGUGAUAUGUCUUACUUAACGCCUGCGCAUUUUUUAACUGGAUCACCUAUUACUUCAUAUCCAGAAUUAAACCUAGUUGAUACUAAAGUAGGUAAACUUAGUUUCUGGAAACAGUGUAUGCAAAUGCAGCAGAAUUUUUGGAAGCAAUGGCAUAAGCAGUAUUUAGUAACUUUGCAAAAUAGACCUAAAUGGCAAAAUGUUCAGCCGAACUUGAAAGAAGGGAUGUUAGUCCUUUUAAGGAAUGAAAACGCUUCACCUUUGAAGUGGCCAGUUGGUAGAAUCAUUAAUGUCUUUCCAGGCAAAGAUGGAAGAGUUCGAGCUCUUGAUAUAAAAACAUUUAAAGGGUCUAUUGUUAAAACUAGUAUCAUGAAUGUUUGCCCCUUGCCUCUAAAUGAUUCCUAAGUAUAUAAUGUUACUUAUUAUUAAUAGUUUUUAAGUAGUAUUAUUCAUUGAUAGAUAUAGAUAACUCUAUUAUUCAUGUAGCUUUCUUAGGUAUCAGUAUUACUUUCUAAAUUAGAUUUUUUGCUAGAGGGCAGUUUACCACUUAUUUUUGGUAAAAAUAUAAGUUUAUGCUUAGAUUAAAAUCUCUUAGAAGUUCCUAAUUUAUUUUGUUUGUAAAAAUCUACGUAAAAAUAUUUUUGAAGUAGGUAAUUUAUGUUUUGUUUUAACUUUGUAUAGCAUUGUGUAAACUGUAAGCUUAUUUUGAUUUAAACAUAACAAACAUACCUUUAAGUAGAUUUUUUAUUAAAUUCAUGUUAUUUUCAUUUGUAAAAAUACUUAUACCUCAUAGUAGGAUUUUUAGGUUUUAUGAUUGUUAUUUAAUUGUGUAAGAGUAAAGUAGUUAAACUCAUUUUUUAUUUUCUCAAUUUAUACUUACCUACUAAUUGUUAGUGGAAACGUUCUUAAGUAACUUUUUGAUUAUUAAUGUAACUUUGUUUAUUGAUACUUUUUCAAACUUAGUGGUUGGUACUUACUUGAUUUAAGAUAAUUUUAAGUGCCCCCCCCAAUCUGUUCAACCCGAACAUGUAUCCGAAUUCCAAAUAUGAUAUAAUCUGUGGUAGGGAUAAAAAAAAGAAAUAAAACGACUUCCUGUUUAACCAUGUAACUAUAA